UUGUGAAAGUUUUGUGCUUGAGAGAGAGAGAGAGAGAGAGAGAGAGAGAGACAUGGUUGCUACUUGCUACCAUUUCUUGACCUUGAGAAAAUCAGCUUUGUAGUUCACAACAGAGAAGGCAAUUGGUGCAUUAUCAGAUCAAAUCAAAAUAAGACGGGCUUUGCUAAGAACGUAUCCAAUUAUUGCGGAGUGUCAAGAUAUUGAAGAGGAAGCCGCCAAAGCUUAUGAUACUGCAAUGAUAAGGGUAAGAGGGAGGAGAGGGUUCCCCAAUUUUGAUAUCAGUCUAUAUGAUGUCCAAGUCAUUCUGGAUAGCACAACCUUUCCAAUAAAAGGUGCUUCGAAGACCAUAAAGCGGAGUUCAAUUUAUAAUGUGCUUCAAAAGAUAAGAAAGACUCGCAACUUCCCCAGCUCAACACCCAGUGCCCCUCCAUCACUUCACCCAAUAGAUCAAACUCAAACAACGGCAAUCGAUUCAAGCCUUCAGUAUCAAUUUCAUAGUCUGCGAGUAAAAGAGGAUGCAACUAGACCUCAUGGCCUAGCUGCUCUAAAAUUAUGGGGCGAGUCUGCGAGUUUGAAUUUUCCGUUGAGCAACUACCUGAAUGACCUGGAAGAAAUGAAGUCAUUUACGAAGAAGGAAUACUUUCUACACAUCAGAAAGAAGACGGGUUUAACCAAGACGGUAUCCGAUUACCGUGGAGUUUCAAGGAACGCGCACAAUAAAAAAUGGCAAGUUAGGUUAGGAAAAGGAAAAGACAUUGAUAGCAUUUACGUGGGAACAUUUGAUACGGAAGAGCAAGCCGCCGAAGCAUAUGACGUUGCAGCUAUAAGGGUGAAAGGGCCGAAAGCAAUCACCAAUUUUGAUAAAAGUAACUAUGAUAUCAAACAGAUUCUUGAAGGCCCAAAAUUUCUAAUUGAAAAAGGUGCAUCGAAGACAUUGAAGCGGAGUUCAGUUGACGAUGUGCUUCAAAAGAGAAGAAAGACUCGCAGUGUCUCCAGCUCAACCCCUAGUGCCCCACCAUCACUUCACCCAAUAGAUCAAACUAAACUAACGGCAAUCGAUUCAACCCUUCAGUAUCAAUUUCAGAUCCCUUCCCUCCAAGUUCCUGUCCCUCACGGUUACCAAAACCCUACCUUUGAAGCAAACCGAAGUUUCAGUCCUCACUAUGACUAUGGUGGAAGUGAGCCAACAACCCAGUUUCAACCUAUCAUACCCGUAUUGAAUCAAGAGUUUCCAUCUCACCAGUACUAUAACGGUAAUUCCCAGCACCACCUUGAUCAAACCCCUAGCUCCCAGUUCCUUCAAGACACUCAGAACCCUAAUCUUGUUGCUGGGUUGAACAACCUUGCAAGUGAUAACUGUAUGGAAGACUUUUCCAGCAGUCAGGUUCAUGAGGCGAGUUUCGAGAUGAUGGGGACGAACGAGGGUGGUGUUCAUGGUGAUGGAAAUCUUGUUGAUCCUGUGUUUGGGCUGGGCAAUUCUGACUUGGAUUCUGCGAGUUGGCUGGAAACGUUCUUGAGGAUGAGCCCACAACGUCCUGAUUCUAAGGUGUGAAAAAGUAGAAGGCUUUUGUAUUAUGCAUGCGGUUGUGAAAUUUAGCAUCCGGCGGUGUAGUCAAACCUUGAUAAUUAAUGUAUUGAUGGAUCUGUGG